AUGCCAAGCUACGCUAUCACACAAAAUUCUGAUUCAGAAGUGCUCAGCUCAAAACAUACUUGCCCUGGGACAUUGCCGUUAAGAAAAAGUGCUUUUCCCCUGUUGUUUGUUUGUUGGUUGGUUAAUUUUUACCUAUUGCGUAUUUUUCGUAUUGUUUGCAGUGAUCGGUGGAACAUCUUGGACCUCAUCACGCUCAUCAUUUACUUCGCUACUUUUGUUCUAAGAAUGGUCACGUUGGCUGUUUCAAAAUCCGUGACCAACAACCGAUCCCUUGUCAUAGCUGGCUAUUUUUACGGCCUCAACACCAUGUUCCUAACGCUCAGGGCAUUUGGUCACGUGAUGGAGACAACAAAGCAAAUUGGCCCCAUCCAGAUCGCGUUGUUCCACAUCUUGAGUGACCUCGUUACCAUAUUUUGGCAGUUUAUAGCAGUUAUUUUGGCCUUUUCUAUUGCAAUAACUAAAGUUUACGUGGCUGAGAAGUCUUUCAUAUCCGAAGAAAAUGGAGAAGAACUUGUUUGCAGCAGAUCUGGAAUAGCCUGCUGGUGGAAGAUGGUGCGACAUCUGUGUUGGUCUUUGAUGGGAGCGGUGGAUGUAGACUUCUUAGAGUCAGCUGAUAAUCCUUCAGUAAUACUUGUCAAUUUUCUGUAUGGAGCGUUCCUCGUAAUGGGAGUCAUUCUUCUUAUCAACAUGAUGAUUGCACUUUUGUCCAACACAUACCAGAAAGUACAGGACAACUCGCUGAUGGAAUGGUCCUUCAAGAAAGCCAUAACAAUACAGACAUACAGUUCCUGUCAUCCAAUACCAGUUCCCAUUAACCUUGUGUCCUUCAUGUUUAAAUGCUGUGGGUGGCAAAAGUGUUUCAAUAGGUGCAGAAAUGGAAAACAACGGACGCAGACGGCUCGGAAGAACAGUUUAGAGGUUGUUGUGAAGCGUCUAGAGUCCAUUUACUUUGCUGAAUACGGAUAUUUGUUUCCCCUAACAGACGAACGGAAACUGGAUCGUGUUCUUCUUGAAACCGAGCGGAAUCGGCAAAUGGCCAACCAGAUUGCACAAAGAACCUUUACAGCAUCUCACAGUUCAGACAAAAAUGUCCUUCCCACUGGUCCUCAGGUAGUAUUACGCUACGUUACAACUCUUUCUUUUGGAAGCUGUUGUACUAAAUAUUUGUUAACCAACCCUCUCUCUCUCUGGUUUAGCCAUUGUUGGGAAUAUCUGAGGAGGAAUUGUUGCCUCCUACAACAGCACAGCCAAGCGCAGCACAAAAACGCAAAGAGCAGCGUAGCGCAAAACAACACUUCAUAACACUUAACAACACAAAAAAGCAAAGCAGAAUAUAGCAAGCACAGCACACCACAGUGUACCACACAACAUCACACCACAGUCACUCCACUCCACGACGCGCUACGCCAUGCACGUCGCACCACGCUACGCCACCGCAUAGCAUAGCAGAGCGCAACCCAACACAAUUAAACACAGUUGCAUCUCUUGAAAAAAAUAUUCCAUUCAACCGCGUUCAGUAUUUGUAGCAACCAGAAUUUCAGACUUCUCUUGCAACCUCAUGCGUGUAUCGUUAUGUCAAUCAACAAUCUUCGUUUGACGGUCAGCUGACAUUACAUGAUGCAUACGUGGUUCAUCAUUUUCAUUCGGUAAUAUACCGAAUCUUAUACGUAAUGUGCAGACUGCAGCUUGUUCCACCAAAAGAGAAAAAUGUUCUAGUUUUUCUGUAGCCCCCUUUACCCUCAUAGCAUCUCUCUUUGACCAGAUGUACAAAUGGGUAUACUAUACAUGAAAAUGUUGCAUAAACCUGGGAAAUAUGUUGAAGGUAGGGAGGUUUGACGCCUCCGAUGAAAUACAGUCCCAUCCACAGAUAGAAGCGAUAUUAUUAUUUGCUUUAACCGAGAGAAUAGUAGUGAAAGUGACCUCCACGAGGUGGAUCACUGUGACUUUAAAUAAUGAUCAACAUUGCGCUGAUUUUUAUUUUGUUUGCGUUGUACCGAGAGACUUGCAUGAAAGAGGACCACCUGUGCUUGCCGGACGUUAGCAUUAAAGAAGAGAGAGGGACUUCGUUUUCGAAGGUUUUCAUUGGCGCUCCAGUUUACACCUACGACUCUUGAACCUAUAAUAGCACUUACAUGUGACGUUUCCUCAAGAGCUGUAAACCAGAGAUAAAUAUUAACUUAAGAGUAUCUCGGCGGUCAAGAAAACUUAGUUUUUUUUAACGCCCUUCUCGACAUCUUGGCAAUGCAAAAUUAU